CUAGUGUUCUCCUCCUCUUUUCUUGCAUAGAGCUUACGGCUUUCCUCCGUACUUGCCUUUUCCUCUACUUUCACUACUACGCUCGAGGUUGAAAAAACUCUUUGGUUUUCUUCUUUGAAGUUAGAAAUCAAUCAUGUCUUACUACAGUGGUUGCCUGGAUUCCCACAAGCCUCACUUUCUGGAAGCUUGUUUUCUCUGCCGGAAAACCCUCGGUCGCAACUCCGACAUCUACAUGUACAGAGGGAACACCCCAUUCUGUAGCAAGGAGUGCAGGCAAGAACAAAUAGAGAUAGAUCAAUCUACGGAGAAGAAGAGCUGGAAAAUGCCAUCCUCCUCUUCUAGAUCUAUCAGGAAAUCAGAUCCUAAGGAUUCUACCCCUAACAAGACUGUACGGACGGGCACAGUUGCUGUUGCUUAACAAUCGAACAGCUGAUUUUAUAUGAAAAGCAAAUUAAAUUUCCAAUUUUGAGAUUUAAGUCCCAGUUAAAGAUAAAAAAACACAAAACAAAAUUGUGGGCACUUAUAUGUCAAUCUUGAUCUGUAAAGGCGUGGUGCGUGUGGCUGUAAUUUGGAGACGAGGCCAGGGAAGGAGAGUUGCCAGACCUACCAUGGAUUUUUGCUUUUGUUUCGGGGUUAAUGUUUUUAAGGGUUAAGAAGUUAAGGGUUAAUUGUACUACUUUGAAACGAUCGCUCUGCUCUUCUUGUUCUCCCAUUUCUCCAGAAAAAUUUUGAGAAAAUUAAUGAAUCCAAGAACAUUGUGGUGUUCA